AUUCCACGGCCAUGGAAGUUCCUGGUGUCUUGAAGCUGCUGACGGAGUUCGGCGAGACUUUCUUCGUGCUGGUUGCUGGUGCAGCUGCAACAGUGCGCGGCCCACACCCCUGCUACUCUUUCUUCUUCGCCGACUUGAUUGCAGGACGCGGCCCUGGGCUCCUGAGUGCUCCCUGACGUCCAAGUCGUGGCACUGUCACCUUGCUGUUACGCCGCUCAAACAAGACUGCCGCGGCGCCAUCGUGGUGGUGGUUCGCUUCACAAACACCGCGGAUGUCCCGGAACGUCCCCCUGCUCACGGCUAAUAAAAAGUAUUUGGAUUCACUUCUUGUCACUAAAGAAGGAAAUAUAUUACUUCAUGGAACUAUCACUCCCGACAAAGAAAACUUGGCAAGGAAAAUUAAACUAGUUGAUGAUGAUACCGAUGAGCAGAGAACUGAGAAGCGUGUUCUGCACUUUUUGAACAGAACUGCUGAAGAGCAACCACCCAACAUUCGGCUCCAUCAUGUUCCUGAUUGCAACCGUGGCUGUUCCAACUGUUGUUCAAGGCAGCUACCACCAUUUCCUUCGUUGCCCAAUGGAUUUGUCAAAAAUCUAGUUUCCCUUUCUGACUAUUUCUCUCACUUCCACAAGUCAACAGCUGCUAAUAUUUUGGCAACUGGGGCAGCACUCGCUAACUUGGCCAAUCAUCUCAGCCAGCCAUGGCAGUGGCCCUCUGAGAGGAAGUUGGAACUUCGGAAAGGGGCUGGAGUGUGGAUAGAUGCUGCUGUUCUUCGACAGCUUGUAAAAUUAGCUGAAUUUGGUGCCAACAGGAAACCACCUCACCAAGCUCUUGUCAAGAGUUUGCUAACCCACCUAAUAGGAAUGGAGAAGUACUUAGAGACUUCAGCGGAAAAAAUGGAUCGUCGUCUGAUAUCAGCAGUUGUUGCUUUUACAAACGAAAAGUACCCUGAAAUGGCACAACCUGUUGAACGGUUCUAUAGAUGUAUCAAUCUUAAUCGUGGCUACUUGAUAAAGAAGAGAAAUGAUGGAUCUCAGAACAAUAAUACUAACAGAGACGGGGUGCCUCCUCCCCGGAAGGAAUCAUUGAAUAGGCCAAAAAGACUGUCUUCUGUUGAGAUUGACAACUUAAUAAGUGUGUCCAACUCAAAAAAAGUUAGAGUGUCCGGUGGAAGCGCUAGUGAACAGCUACAAGCUAGUAGCUCCUCCACUAGUAAUUCUGACAAAAAUAUAGGUGCAACACCUUUUAAUGAUUUCACAAACAAGAAAAUUGUUGUUGUCCAACGCGGUACCAAUCCAGCAAAUGGUAGCAACCUUCAGUCAAAUUCUGAACAAAUUUUAAGUUCUGUGCUAAACUCUGUUCACAAUCCCCAAAGUGCUCCAACCCUGAAGACUCAACCACAUUUGAUAAAGACGAGUGGUACAGGAUCCACUCCUCAACCAUACAUUCUCAAGACGAGUGGUACAGGAUCCACUACUCAACCAUACAUUCUCAAGACGAGUGGUACAGGAUCUACUACUCAACCAUACAUUCUCAAGACAAAUGGUCCUCAACCAUAUAUCAUCAGAACAAGCUCUGCUAGCUCCAAUUCUCAACCAUAUAUCAUCAAGACAAAUACCACUAGCUCCAAUUCUCAACCGUAUGUCAUCAAGACGAAUACCACUAGCUCCAAUUCUCAACCGUACAUCAUCAAGACAAAUACUACAAGCUCCAAUUCUCAACCGUACAUCAUCAAGACAAAUACCACUAGCUCCAAUUCUCAACCGUACAUCAUCAAGACAAAUACCACUAGCACCAAUUCUCAGCCAUAUCUAGUUAAGACAAGUACCAGUGGGUCCAAUUCUCAACCGUAUAUUCUGAAGACUAGUACUACAAACUCCAAUUCUCCAAUUCUCAUGAAGACUAAUGCAACAAGCUCUCACUCUCAAUCAGUUAUAAAAACAGGGCAGGCCAGUUUGCAGUCUUUGAUGAAAUCAAGCAGUGUACAGAGUUCAAAUUCUAGUAAUAUUCCUCAGCGUGUUGUCUUGUCAGGCCUUACAACAAAGCCUUUUAAAUCAGCAAAUCUUCAGAAUACUCCACCACAAGGUACCAAUUCUAAUCCAAUUGUCAUAUCUGAUCAUGGCAUUUCCUCUGGUCCCCCAGUAUCACAGGGUGUAUUAAAUACUGCAAAUGUUAACUCAAAAUCUCUUAUUACGUCAAUGAGUCAACUAGGUUCUUUUAGAUAUUCUGCCCCUACUGCUCAGGCUAGAGUUGAACCUGAUGGAGACAUUGCAGUUCCUAUAGAAGUGAAAAUAGAGAAAAAGUGCAGUUAUAUUGAGGGUGCGUUAGAUCUUGAUUUUUAAGGAGAGAACAAAUCAUUUUAGUUUUCAUAUACUACUUAGUUUGGAUCAAAGUUCUUUGGUACUCUAUUCUCAUGAAAUUUGUGAUAUUGAUCUUCUCUCCCUACUUGUAUAGUUCAAUGUUAUUUUUAUUUGUAUGGUUCUGUAUUUUUUAAGAUUGGAAAUGUAUUUUGUGGUAGGUGAUUGAUCAUGUGACCAAGAGAUCAUUUCAAGUUGACUUAUCAAAUAUUGCAUUGCUUGUAUCAUCACUUUGUACUUCAAACACUGUUACAAUAUAUUAGAAGUUACUAAUAAAAAAUAAAUUUUA